AUGAAUUUGUUAUUAAAAAUAGGUUUGUUAUCGUUGUUUGGUGUUUUCUGUGAGGCGGAAUUAAAAAAGGAAGUUUUUCUGUCAGUGCCAAGCCUGAUUAAAGCAGCCGGCUACCCAGCCGAGAGGCACCGUGUGUCUACUCCGGAUGGUUACGAGUUGCAACUACACAGGAUUCCAGCUGGAAGACGUUCAGCCAGAAGAAUUGCGGACCCUACAGCUAAGGGAAAGAAAGCUAUCCUUAUCGUGCACGGCUUGCUGGGGGACUCUGGAAACUUCGUCAUUAUGGGUCCAAAGAGAAGUCUUGCGUAUCUCCUUGCGGACGCUGGUUAUGACGUCUGGUUGGGGAACUUGAGAGGAAACGUGUACAGCUCCCACAAGAAUCUCACCAGGAAUAAUGCCAAGUUUUGGGACUUCAGUUUUCACGAACACGGCAAAUACGAUUUUCCAGCGAUGGUGGACAAGGUAUUGAACAUCACGGGGCUCGAAAAGAUCAUGUGCGUCGGUCACUCCAUGGGUACCACCAGUUUCUUCAUCAUGAUGGCGCUGAAGCCGGAGUACAACGACAAAAUUAUAUCCUUCAUUGCUCUGGCUCCGGCUGUCUACUUCGACAAUAUGAGACCACUUGCCAAUGUACUUCUAAAUACAUUUGAUUUGCCGCGGAUUUUAAGAGAACGGGGUAUAUUGGCGUUCGAGCCCUGGUUGCUGCAGAACCUGUUCGCCAAUGUAUGCACCCUCAGGCGACCGGAGACAGACAUGUGUAUGAACGUUAUUUUCGCGAUCAUUGGAGAAGAUACCGACCAGAACGACUGGAACAUGAUACCUGUAUACCUGAACAGGCUUCAAUCUGCAUCGUUAAGACAUCUAGAACACUAUGGCAAGGUGGCCAUUACAGGUGAAUUUACAACGUUCUCGGGCGGAGUGUUCGGCCCAGUGAAGCCGUACAAUCUCACCAAUGUCAGAGUACCUGUUUCACUACUUUACGGUGAAAACGAUCAACUCACUGAAAAAUCUCAAAUAAUGCGUCUGGCAGAACAAUUUAAAGCCACGGGCGUGUUAGAGGAGGUCAGGCCUGCGUGCGACUGGCCCAAGUUCAACCAUUUGGACUUCGUGUUCGCCAGAGACGUCGGCAAACUCUUCAACAAACCUCUCAUCAAAUAUAUAGAUAAAUUAUAUCAUAAAUAUAAUAUUGUAUAG